UCCCUCCUUUAUUAUAGUAUUAUUAUUCCAUUAGCUCCGUCGCCAACUCAAACCCCAUUUCUCCAUACCGUUCAACAUCACUACAUAUCACAAGAUCUAUCAGAAGAUCAAGUUGAGCCUAGGUUGAUGAGGACAUUUCUGAUUGAUAACGAAGAUUGCUCUGCAAUCAACCGAAAACGCUCACUUGAGAGUGGCAGUUGUGAUGGCGUAGAUGUGUCGUGCAAUUGCGAGCGCUUAACAGUUGAUCAGGUUCCCCAACCUCACAUUCCACAGCUAAAAUAUAAGAAACUUGGAAGUGAGAGAGGGGUCAGUACACUAGAGUUGCCUGGUAGAUCAGCACCAGCUGGUGCAACAUGCAAAGUGAGAGAACAACUGGUUUCUUAUGGUGAAGAGGUUGUUGACCGAACAGAGAAGCGAACUGAAAGAAAAACAGAGAUGAGGCCGCCAAAAGUGAUUAGAGAGGCUGUAUUAGGAAGAAUGGAGGCUGAUGAUUUUCCUCGGGAAAUGAACUUCAGUGGUGAGAAUAGGCAGGUUUCAUCACAUAACCCUUGGAUGGAUUCUCGUCCUUCACAAACUUCUGGAAGACUAGAUUGUGUUUCCUCUUCUGGAUGUGAUUUUUCACGCAAUGGAAAGGAUAAUGUGGAACGUGCAGCUUUGGUGGACACAAUGCUUAUUCAGAAGGAGAUUCAUAAUCCUAAGAAGACUUCUGGAGGACUAGAUCGCAUUACCUCUUCUGGAUGUGAGAUGUGGAAUGGGAUGUAUACAGAAAAAGAAGGAACUGUGGUGGAGAUGAUACAUAUGGAUAAUGAUGGGAAGGAGGUAGGGGUGAAGGUUGAUAAAGGUGCAUUAAGAGUAGCAAAAAGUGUAGCAAAAGAUAAGGUAGUUUCUAGACAUGACGAGUUGAAGCUGGCUGCACAUGCAAGUGAGAAAAUAAUGGAAGUUCAAGAGGAACCUGCUGGAAAAAUUAGUUAUGGCUCUAGUGGAAUUUGUAAGAUCUCUCUUGCAUGCAGAAAUGAGAAUGAUAAGAGCAAUAUGCCGUGCAACUACAAGGAAACUGAUCAAAACAGUUUACCAGAAAACUAUCAGGCAGAUCGCUGUCAGGAUCAGGUGAGGAAGGUGCUGGAUCUAUAUAAAGAUACACUAGAAAGGGUUCGGAAAGACGACAAAGUGAAGACAAAUGGAAAAAGAAAGAUUGGUAUGCAGAUCUAUGUAGAUGCAGCAAUGCAACUGAAAGAUCACAAGAAAUGGCUUAAUGUUGAUAAAUGUGUCGGAGCUCUGCCUGGUAUUGAAAUUGGGGACCAAUUUCAAUCAAGAGCUGAACUUGUAAUUGUUGGCCUACACAGCAAGUUCUUGGCUGGUAUAGAUUAUAAAAAUAUAGGUGGAAAAAUUUGUGCCACCAGUAUUGUUACCUCUGGUCGGCAUGGUGAUAAAAAUCAUUCCUCUGAUGUCUUGAUUUAUGGGGGGGAAGGUGGUAAACCAAAUCCCAGUUCUGGGAAACCUGAAGACCAGAAAUUAGUUCGAGGUAACCUUGCACUAAAGAAUAGCAUUAAUGAUGUUCCAGUGAGGGUUAUUAGAGGAAUGCAGAAUAUGAAAGCGCCAAAAUCGACGCUUGCAGAUUCCGUGAACAAAUCAAAAUUUGUUUAUGACGGGCUAUACUUUGUCAGAAAGUGUUGGCCAGAGCGCGAGCAUUGUGGAAAUUUGGUAUACAAGUUUCAGUUGGAAAGAAUCCAGGGACAGCAGGAGCUUCCUAGGUGGAAUACACAGAACACAUCGAGAAAAUUUAACAAAGCAACACAAGGUCCUGUAGUUAUUCUUGAUAUUUCCAAUGGGGAAGAAAACAUGCCAGUUCGCGUGGUAAAUGCAAUAGAUGGUCAGAAACCCCCAGCUUUCAAGUACACAACGAAGAUGGCGUACCACUCUCAGCAGUGUGUUGACACUAAGUCUAGUGGCUGUGAUUGCCUUAAUGGAUGCUCGAAAGAAAUCCUAUGUUCUUGCAUCGACAAGAGUGAUGGAAAGGUUUCGAUAAACAACAGUGUUUCUAUUGUCAAAAAGGAUCCUGUUGUUUACGAGUGUGGUCCUUGUUGCAAAUGUCCCCCUGAUUGCAAAAACCGAAUGAGCCAACAUGGUAUAAAACUCCAGCUAGAGAUCUUCAAGACUAUACCCACAGGCUGGGGUGUUAGAUCAAGAAAUUUUAUCUCAGAAGGGAGGUUCAUCUGUGAGUAUGUUGGAGAGUUGCUUCAGUACAAGGAAGAGGAGGGAAGAAUUGAUUUCGACGAAUCAGCAGUUGAUGCUGGAAAUUCUAAUGAUGCAAAAACUGCGAUGUUUGGGAAUGUGGCAAAAUUUAUAAGGCAUAGCUGUUCUCCUAAUCUAUAUGCUAAGUGUGCUCUAUUUGAUCACGAAGACAUGAGAAGGCCGCAUGUAAUGCUGUUUGCUGCUAGGAACAUACCUCCGAGGAAGGAGCUCACUUUUGACUACAAGCUGCCUUGAACAAGUAAUACAACAGCUCCUCAGCAAAGCCUCUAUGUUAGCUUAAAUGAUAGCGGCCUCUGAUUUACAUCCAGCUACUAUCAUAUUUCAAAGAAUUUCAUAUUAGUCACAUGUAUUGCAUAUUUUAUGAGUAUGAAAACUCGAUUUGCAUUCAAAAUUUAUUCAUAAGUAAACUGUAUUUAAGUGGCAUAACAAUAUAUGUGUUAUAGACUUAUAGUUAUGGGAGUUAAGGGCCUUAGUAUGUGGUAUCGCCGU